AUGCAUAUGAUUCCAAAUUCUCGAGAAUCAGAUCAAAAUAACAAAGGACAAAAGAAAAUGUUUAGAUUUUGUAAUAAUAAAAUUUCAAUUAUUAAAGAAUUUUCAUCAUCAAUUCCAAUUAUUUUUAUUAAAAAUGAUACAAUAUCAAGAUCAUCUAAAUUAAAUAGAAAAUUUAUCACAAACAACACCAACAAUAAAGACUUAAUUUUCACAAAUAAUAAAAAUCAAUUAAAAUCUUCUUCCCAAUUAUUUAACAAUAGUAAAUUUUUGAAUAAAAAAUAUUUUUUCUUCUUACCAUCUGGAUAUCCUUAUGAUGAAAUCCUCGAUGUUCAUGAGAUUUUAGAAACUUAUUCAGAUAAAGCUCUGGAUGAUCCACAACAAAAACAUUAUCAUCUUAAUAGUAAUAAACCAAUCAAGGGAGAUUCACCAAAUCAAAAAUCUCAUGAUAGUUUAGCUGAUCUUAACAUUAAUCGAAGUCCUGGAAACCUUGAAAGUAGUGAUGCUAAAAACAAUCCCAGAGUUUUUAUUGAUACCUUAUUUACUCCACGUGUAAAAGAUGCAGUAUUCAGUACUAUACUUGGAUUGACUGUCAUUUUUCUAGGUGGUGUCUUGUAUCAAUCAUGGUAUGAGUGGCAUGAAGGUCGUAAAGUAUUAAAAGCAUUCACCGAUUCACUACCCUCGCUAAGACCAAAAAUGAACUACCUAGAGAAAGAUGAGUACAAGAGUUUGUUUCAUGCAAUAUCAGGUGAUACAAAAGGAAUAUAUUAUUUGUUGGUGGGGGAGAAUGGGACAGGAAAAUCACAAAUUGUGUUUCAGGCAAUGGAUAAAUGCAAUCAGUUUGGUAUAGUGUUUUGUGAGGCUCAUUCAAACCCGGAAAUAUUUAAAGUACGAUUGGGUAGAUCAUUGAAUUAUACUUAUAGAGAAGAUUAUAUUGGUGGUUUGUUUGCUAGAGAAGCUCCGGAACGAGGUUCAGCAUUGUUGGAUAUUGAGAAGGCGCUGAAUGUUGUUGAGGAGGCAGCAUACAAAUAUAAAGGCAAGUAUGAUAAACCACUUGUGCUCAUAAUCAACAAUAUUCAUUCGCUAAAAGAUGAUGAAGAUGGUGAAGAUAUGUUGGAAUUGUUACAACAAAGAGCUGAAUCAUGGGCUUCAAGUGGAACAGAUGACUCACAUAUGGAGGUUAUUAAAGUGCAUGAUUUAAAUAAAGAUGAGGCAAUUGAAUUCCUGAAAGAUAAAAGAAACGGACGUGAACCUGAAGAAGUAUUGGAGAAAAUUGUGGAUGAAUGUGUUGGUGGUAGACUAUUAUAUUUAAAUAAAUUGGCUAAAGCAGACGAUGUAGAUUUAUUUGAGGCAGCAAAUAGAUUAAAGGAAGAACAGAAAACUUGGCUGAUAAAUUUGAUUGGUUUAAUUCCAAAUUUUGAUGGAUUAGAAAUUGAAUCACAACGAUAUGCAGUAGCAGCUUGGAAAUUGAUUCGAGAACUAGUUCGUUCACCAACCAAAACUAUUUCGAUAAUUGAAGGUAGAUCAAUAAUUGGUAAUUCAAGAUAUUUGAAGAAAUUGGAUCAUGAUGGAAUAAUAAUGAUUGAUCAGGACAAUCAGAUAAAACCAGACUCACAGAUUAGUUAUGAUAUUUUCGAAGAGAUGAUCGAAUCGCCGGAUUUCAACAAGAUAUUGAAAAAAGUUGAUCAGAGAUUAAUGAAAGCUGAUAAAAUUAUUUGGAAUAAUGGAAAUAAAUGGUGGAAAUUUUGGUGA